GAUCACGGUUCGCACUCGUGCUGCCAGCAUCCGAAAUAAAUUGUCUGUUGGAGGGGUGUUCGGGGAAAUCUUCACAACGUUUGACUUGGAAUACUAAAGACACUGACUUGUAAUAGUAGUCGAAAGAGCGGGUGUGGUCCACCAGGUUUACCUUUGAAUUCCAACACGAGAUAUAGCAGUCACCGUGUUAUGGAGAUACGCUCUGAUUGAACACCAGUGAAGAAGGAGUGCAAGGUCGAUUGCGAUGCGUUUCGAAGUCAUUUAUAUAUGACAGGCGAAGAACAGCGUUAAAUGGAUCGUCAACCAUUGAAUUAUUUCGUAAUUAUUUCGGUUGAUAUCGCCAAGCAUUAGGAUACACUCCAGCUGAGUGGUGGUGUCACCCUAAAUGAAAUAGUGGUAUACUCUAAAACGGAGUACUGAGUUAUAAGUGAUUGUGGUUUCAUUUAACUCGUGAGUUGAACAAGUGGUUUCCUUUAACUGGUGAUUAUUGAUACCAUUAUUUGCCAUUAAUCUGAAGAAGGUUCUCAGGGAUUAUCUUCAGACAUGGAGACUACUUUAGCGAUACUGUUUGCUGUCCUGGCAGUUCAGUCGAGCCUAAUAGAUGCAUACCUCCCUGAAUGUCCAUCCGACUAUUUCACCAUUCGAUCAUCAUGCUAUAAAUUCAUCAAUGGCUUCAAAUGGUACAACGACGCAAGAAUGGUUUGCGCCCAGAACAUGGGCAGUCUGAUAGAACUCCAAACUAAGACACAGACGCAGCUUCUUCUAGAUUAUAUGCAAACAAAUCUGCGUUACUUCGUGGACCACACCCGCACUGACAUAUGGCUGGGCGGCUUCAAGCAAGAGAACCCACACCUCUGGCCAGAAAGGAAAUGGGUCUGGCUAAGCAACAGAACAAAACUGCUAGACGCCUACCAAUACACGAACUGGGAGGGCCAGAAAUCAGUCGCAGAGGAGAAGAGAUACUGCCUGAGCGCAACAUACAACAAUCUGAAAUGGAUGCCGAGAAACUGCAAUUCGGAACUCUCCUACUUCUGCCAGAUCAUCCGGAAGCAUGCCUGGUUUACCACUACCAAGGAGCGUUAUCCACCAUGUCCGGCUGGUUUCAUCCGGUUCGGGACGUCGUGUUACAAGUUCCUGUACACGCAUCAGCGCCAUAGUGACGCGAGGCUGGAUUGCAGCAAGCACAUGGGCGAUCUGGUCAAAAUCGAGUCGAAGGAGGAGAAUGAGUUCUUGUUAGACUAUAUCAAAACUAACUUAUAUGACGUCCCUUUGAAUGGCUUUUGGAUCGGCGCCGACCGUUUUGACUGGCGCACCCAGUACGGUGCAGUCUGGGUCUGGCUCUCGGAUAACAAGCUCUUGAACCAGAGCAGAUUCAGCAACUGGGGGAGUGGCGAACCGCACAAGGACACAUCAAGAAACUGCCUUUACGUCGACCACAACGACCUCAAGUGGCUCGGAAGUGUAUGUAACGUCAAACGACAAGCAAUAUGUGAAAUUCAACUAAAAGCUGAUUGGUCGCCAAAUGAUCCGACGAAAAUGGGUCUCCGGACAUGUGAUGCGCCUAAUUUUAGAUAUGAUGUCAGCGCUUCUUUUGCAGUGGUGGUUUUAGCGCUGUUGAAUGUCUGCCUGGCUUGGAGUUGAUCGGUUGUUUUGGUGUAGAAAGCAUGGUUUAAUCAAGAGGUAAAUCUUUUUAGAGUACAGAUUGCAUCUAUCGUGUUUCAUUAAGGCUUCAAUUUAGAUAUCUAUUGAUGAAUUGAUUUGGAAAGUUGCUAAAAAGCAAUCAGACCGACCAAGCAGAAGAACAGAAAUGUACAUUGACCGAGCAACGAAUUAAUUAAUAAGCUAAUGACCGUGCGUGACCUCAAACUCUGGAUAAUCAAAGGCUGUCAUGUGUCUUUCGAUUAGCUGAUUCUCUCCCCUCGCCUAUCUUGAUUAAAACAUGUGAAUUACGAAUAGUGUGAUGUGUGUAUCAACUUGUUAAGUAUCAGACACCUAACUAUUCAUUCAGCUUUGCUAAAAUGCAAAGUCGUAUUUGCGAAAAACUGUCAAUUAUACAUCCGAUCCCUUUCGAUAGGGAUUCUUGACUUUUUCUUUUGGAAAUGGUUGAUUUUAGCGAUUUUGAAAAGUGACAAAAUAAUUUAAACCACAAUAAACUUCAUCAUUUACUAGUGAAUCUUUGAAACUAAAAUAAUAUUUUAUUUAAAAAAAAAAAAUUUUUUUUUGGGGGUCUUUCAAUUUCAAGCCUUCUUUUGUUAGUAUACCUCCUGGCUUUACUGUUGCUUGCAUUGGCCAAGGUCUCUAUGACUAUUUUAAAUCACCAUAGCAUUUAUUUACUUGUUCGGCCUUACGUGUGGAUCUGCUGAGUGGAGCCAUGUAUUUUAUGUUUCAUGGUUCUCCUAUUGAAGCCAUGUCUAUUAGUUUUUUUGCCUUUUGAAGGAGCGGAAGGUCCACAGAGAAACUUAUCAAUCUAGUUUCUUUUACCUUAAAUAUAUUUUAAAAUACCCACUUCUGAGACAAGCUAGUGGCAAUACAUGUACUAAAUAUCAAUGUUGUCGUUACUUGAUCAAACUAUUUUUUCAUCAACCUGUUCGUUUUACAACAAAACCUAUACAAACCUGGGCGAUAAAGGUAAUGUAUUGAAAUAUCCGCCGAGGGAUUGAAAAUGUUAAGUAAAUUACCAGAAAUGACUAAAGAAAUGAGGUUGUCAUUAAAUCUUAUAAAGAAAGCAUACCGUGGAUUUAAUUUCAAAAAGCUUAGUAAGCUGCUUGGAAAAAGUCGUUGUGCUAUUUUAUUUUAGCCUUUAUGUCUGUAAUGGUGCUCAGUGUGAAUCUGCGAUUCGACAGGACUACAUGCAGUGCACUACUGGUCACUCCAUAUCUAAUUAAACUACGUAGUUUAAAGUUCGUUGCACUGCUGUACAUUUUAUGUACAUAACGUAGCAUUAUAUUCUGAAACAAGACAAAAUAUCUUACCAUAAAGACCGUAAUCACAUUUAUGAUUUCUACUAUAUUUGACUGUAUAUUGCACAUCAGAUCCAGAUGAUUCACACACUAGGUUAAUCAUAUAUUGUCCGAACCAGUUUUUUACCUGGUAGUUUCUGAAUGAAACUACUCAUAGUUUCAGGCCUAUACUAAUUAUGAUUUUUGGAUAAGUUUGCGCUUCUUCAUGUUCGUCAUGCCGAAAGUUAAAAAUAGUCGAAAAAAACACGUUUUAAUGACUUUGUUUGGCUUUAUCAAAUAAUAUAUCUAAAAAAGUGGUUUGAUGGUGAGUAUGCUCGGGUGCUAUUCAGGGCCGAGAAUUAACAUCUUGAUUUUUGAGUUGGGCCACGUACCUUAAGAGUAAAGACUGAAAUAUGAAACUCAUCGGACGCCCUGCGCACCUUAUACGAAGCCAAGAGGCCUAUUACAAUGAGAUUGAACCGAGCCAAUAAUGCUAGACUUAAUCAUUGUAUUGAAUGUGGUGUAUGUAGAAAUAAAUGUUUAUAUAUACUUCCUUUUUAACUUAACUCGGCGAUAAUUUUAUAUGUACGAUUCUUGUCUUUUUUCUAUUGAACCAAUUCGUUAAAUAAUGAACCAAAUUAACGAAGGUGAUAUCAGAUAGCUUGUAUACUAAUGAUGCACUACUCAAGCUAACCUCUAUCCAAUCUCUUUUUACCUUCUAAUCCAUGUAAUGAUUUCGUUUAAAUCUAUUGAUACCUGUAGACCGCAACAUUUUCGUUAUUUUUGAGAUUCGAGAUUAUUUAUGAAAAAAUUAACGAUAUAAAUUUUUGCGGAUAACGAACUAUAUUUUCAAUUUUCCAAUGAAGAAAUAGUUUUUACGUAAUUCCUAUUUUCGCGAAACUUGGUUAUUCGCGAAAUCCGCGAAAAUAAAACACCCAGCAAAAAUUUGGCAGUUUACGGACCGAUUUUAUCUUUUUCAUUUCGCCACAGGGGGCCCUGUAUUGAAAGUUACAAUUAAGGAGUCAAUCGUUAAUACAAAGAAUUAUUAUGCAAACUUUGGUGCAUCUGAAUAUCUGAUGCCGGGUGAUAUUUGAAUGACGUAAUGAUUGAGUGGGGAUUUAGAUUUUCCCGAAAAUAGGUUUUUGGCAAUCGGUACAUUAUGUAUCGAUUGUCGGAUGAAGAAAUAUUUUUUGUUCAUGCAGAUCGAACACAGGGCAUGAAAAUGACUUCCAUUGCAACUGAAAUCGAUAGAAAUUUUAAAAACUUAUAUCAUUGUAUUUCGAAACUAACAGCAAAUAUAACUUAAUUUGGCUAAAGUUCGUAAGAAAUGUGCCAUUCUCCAGCAGCUGUGUGGCAAUUGAAAACAUUUUUCAAAUCAAUUUUUACCCAACUGCUGUUAUUCAUACCAGAUUAUGUUUCAAUACAUUUGGUGUCGUUUUAUUGCUCAAUAGGUAUUUUGUAGAUCAUGUUAUUAUUGGUAAAAUACAUAAUGCAAAGUGAGCCUUUGUUUUUGCAAGAAGUGCCAAUAUUUGUGAAUAUUACAAAAAGGCAUUUGUGCAAGUAUUUGUAAUUUUUCAAAUUUCGGAAAAUCACCAUUAUGGCGUUCGGUGCAGGAGAUCUAUUGUCGGACAGUAUUUUUGGCAAUGUACCACUCUGAAGAUGUAAGGCAUUCACGAUGCCCUAUGUUCAAGAAGAAAAAAAUGGAAGGUAAGGGAGUGUCGGAAUAUUAGAUAGGGUUGUAAGUUCAGUUAGUUGAACGAUGACAACUUUUUGGGUCUUGUACUUAAUCGGCAUAGGUUUAACUAUUUUCUCUAAAUGGAGAUAAAGGCGAUGGCGAUUGUUCUUUCAUAAUUCGCAUGUUGUCUGAAAUCAGUGACAUCCAAUAAGUGCUAUACAGCUAUUAUUUUGAGGCGGUUUUGCAUUGGAAUUCCAACACAUUGCAGGGGGGCAAAAAAUAUAAAGAGCUUGAUUUGGUGAAUUGAUUUAACUCAGUUAAUGGUUAUGGUAUCAUAAUAUCAUAUCGAAAUUCAGCCGUUUGGCCUACUCACUUAGCUGCGGGCUACAUCGUGAUAAUGCAAUGCAACAUUCCUGUCCGGGUAAUAGAACUCCUGGACCAUAAAUUGUAUGCUGUGAUCGGCAUUUUUGUCAGCUUGUGUUCAGUUAAUUGUAUUCUUGGUGCUGUCUUCGAAACAUAGAACGGAAAUGAUCUAUCUUUGGUCCAGAAAUGGUUUUAGUGAAGAGAAGAAGCGGAGGUAAGUGAGGUUUCUCACAAUGUGGAAUUAAACUUUUCAAUGACUGCUGGUGACGGUGUUGCCGAGUGCAUUACACAGUGUUGCCCUGUGCAUCAUACUGUAUUGCCGAAGUUCAUCACACAUAAAUUAAUAAGAAAAGCUUUAAGUCCAAAGACAAUGAAUGCUAUCAUUAGACAAUCGCAUUCGUCUGUUCGUAGUUAUUGUACCAAGAUAUGAAUAGUAUUUUCAGAUUCUCUGUUUUGAGGGCAACGCUAAGCUCCUAAAAAUGGCGUUUAAAACACAUGUCUUUCGUCAUUGAUUCUAAAUCAAUGGUCUUGUAUAUAAGCAUAUAUUUAUUGUAUUUCUACCUAUUAUCAACCAGGCGUUUAAUACAUUUAUUCGAAUUUACACAAACAUUUUGCUCAUCCUAAUCUGAGAGAAGAAUUAGUCUCUGUUCUCCUGUGAUCACUUGUUUUGCCUAUUGCACUGGACCCACUGCCCCUUCUCGCUCUGCUGGUGGCUCCACUAAUCGGUCACAAAAGUUUGCACCGGUACUGCCACCUUCGUGGUCUCUAGAAAUCAUGAUUUAAUUGCGGUCACAGUAGGUGACGUCUAAUUACAUGACUCUUAUACAUUCAAUCACGAUAAAAAGUACCGGUGCUGCCACCUAUACCUCCUUACAUAUCCUGACGAAUGUUUCCGUACGAUAGAACUACCAGGUUAGGAUGAGCAUUAGUUUAUAAAAUGGCGUUCCAAUUUACGAUUUAUCCAACUAAGGCGUUACCAGUCCAGCCAGUUCGUUCGUGGCACUUGGCCAUAGGCCGUGCUGGAUCCUUUACUUCCUCAACUCGCAGAAACCUUUUAUCAUUUUUUUCUUUAAUAAAAUGUAUAUUGUUAUUAAUUGACCAAUCUGAGGCACAGAGUUUUUACGUUCGUUUUAGGUGGACUUAGACUGAUGAUGCACUUGCCGUUCAAUUUUAUGUGAUAUGAUUACAUAUACAUAACUUAAGCAUGCAGUCUUUUAUAGUAUUUUGAGUUCACUAUGGACACGGGUGUAAUCAGUACAAGAAAACCUUGCAAACCGGUAAUUUUAAUGAACGUUAUUACGCUAUGCAUGUGCAUAAAUCUGGUUGCCAACGUCGAAAAUCCCAAUGUGAUUCUUGAUACAAGAUUCAUACUUAAAAUCGUCUUCAGUUUCUUAAUAACGAACUUGUAAAAUCUUACAAAAAUUUUGUUAAGGUUGAGAUUUAUACGAAACGUGAACACGAUCCUCGAUACGAUUGCUUUCGUGUAAGCCGUAUUCUGCUGUCAUCGGAUGCAAAUAAUGUCCGGGUGAAAUCUAUUACAAGCAAUGGACAUUUUAGGCCUGCGAUAGGACAUGAAAGCACCUGACGGAAUUUUACAAAAGGUCCUCUUUCUGGAUCAUACAGGAUCAUUACAAAUUAUUGAAGGCGUUGUUUCGUAUCUACCAGUAAUGCAGUAAAGUUUCAUAAACACUUCUUGUGAAACUGUUCAAAUCGAAUCGCCACAGGGAGAAAAACAAGUUUAAUUCAUAUCUUGCGUUAAAUAAAUCCACCAGUACCAUAUUGCCACAUCGUGCUCCGAAUCGUGCCGCAGGAAUCAUAUUGUAUAACCAACCCUGGAAACAUAACCUUCAUCAAUAUAUCUAAUGCAUUGAUGAUAUAUCACUUGAUGAUACCACGAGGCCAAUCGGUUUGGGUGUGGUCCAAUAGAUUUUGAUUACAUUUGGCAGUAGGCGUUACGCAAUGAAUACAAUAACGUAUAAUGUAUAAUGUUACGCGUAAGCCAUAUUGCUUAAGUGUAUGCUUCAUCAAACGAUGAAAAAGUUUUUACAUUAUGGGAUAAAAACUGUCAGAUAUUCUAAAAUCGUAUAACUACAUUCAAAAAAUGCUGCUGUAAUUCCCUCGUGGUUUUUUUAUCAGAGGGUAGUCCGUUACCGGUAAUUAAUGUAUCAUUUCUUGAGGUUAGUGGGAAUGCAAUAGUUCAUUUCUUUACAAGCCGGACACGUAGUUUUCACGUGUACUUCUGGAAUUGCUAGGGCUACAAAUGUACCUUGCAUGUGCAGUGCUAGUGUUUCCACGUUAUGUUGUAGUAGGAAUGCAAUAGUUCCUUUCCUCAAAAGACAGAAAAUUACGAAGUUUACACGUGUACUUUUGAAAAUGUUGGAGCUACCUUGCAUAUGCAGUACUAAUGUUUCACCUGAAUGUUAUAGAUUUUCCUCUAACAUUUCCAAAGGCCAUAAUGUAAACAAAUGUGAACUAUUUCUGAGCUAGCCUCAACUUGUGCUACAGCUGGCACCCGUGUCCAAAGUUGUUGUUUUGAUCGCGUCGGUAAAAUCUAUAUCAACGUUUACCAAUACAUUGCUUACGUACCCCCUAUUAAGGCGAACCAUAUUUACAUUUAAAAGCUCGUUUAUUAUCAGUUAGAUAUAUAUGUCUUAUUUAUCACUGUUGUUUAGCGUAAUGAUUAUUUGGUGUUGUAUAACAGUUAACAGCAGAUAAUAUGUUCCUUUGUCUUUUUAGUGUUUAAUGCAUGCGUUAAUAUGGUCAUGUAUAGGCCUCUUUUUAUCAGCAAAUUGCUGGAAAACAUGUAUUACUUAAAAUUGAUCCACAUUUGGUGAGGUUUGUUUAUAAUUAUGCCAUCGUGUAUCAAUAAACAUCCCCUUUACAAGUGCUAAUUGUAGUAAACCGCGUGUUUAUAUGCAAAUGGGCAUAUAUCAAUAUAAAAGGGAAAGCAGGACAAGUAUUGAUUGAUGAAAGUGAUUUUCAUUACACAGAGAAGACGACACUUAUGCCUAUUCACUUCCUUACAGUGUGAUGUUCCUAAUAUUAUUCAUAUUCUUUGGUGAUCAUCCAGAAAAAAGACGAUGCUGUACAUUACAUGCAGAGGAUCUACUAUAACCCCAUUUAUUCAUUUCUUACCCAUUGCUUUAACACAAUUGACACAUCUUAAUAUUUUCAGGCAAAAUAAAUUGCUGUCAAAAGAAAGAUUUCCAUUACAUAUCAAGGAUUUAAUGGGACUAUGAUAUAUAUUUAUGGAAGCAAUCUUUCGUUGAUACAUGAAA